AUGAGAUACUUCGAACCCUGUUCAGCUACGGCUUCCAUGCUAUUAUACGGACAGGGCAAUUCGGUUGUUGUCGCACACCAUGAUAGUCUAACGAUAGAAAGGCGCUUUUCGCGGCAUGCCGCCGAGAUACAGUUGCUGGCGGUUGAUACACAAAGCGACAUUGGAGCAGGGCGCUUGGUUGUGAGCUAUGAUGUGGAUAUGACCGCGAUCGUUUGGGACUUGUUGACAGGCGACGAAGUGGCUCGCUUUGCCUCCUACGAGAACUUGACUUGUGCAGCCUGGAUGAAAAAUGGAAAUGUUGCCUUUGGCAAUUCCCAAGGAAACAUUAUUCUAUUUGAACCAACAACUUCGGAGCAUAUUUCUGCCAGAACGAUAGACCAGAUCACUGUCACGGCACUUGCUCCCGCGGCAGACUGCAGAACAUUCGCCAUCGGUUAUCAAAAUGGAUCUCUAUUAAUUGCAACUCUUCAACCAAGAUUUACCAUUCUGCACAAUUUGAGCACCUCAAGAUCACCAUCGCCAAUCGUCAAUUUGGCCUGGCACGCUUCAUCGGCACGCCAGAAAGCAGAUAUGCUGGCAGUGCAGACCAACGACGGUGAUCUUCGGGUUUGGAGUGUGGCAAAAUCCUCAAACAGCAACGAUCCCGCAAAGGUGGUAAGGAUACUAAAGCGGACAGAAAAAUAUGAGAAUGGUCCCAACUGGAUGGGCUGGUCGAAGAAUGGCCGCAUCAUUCAGUACUCGGAAAAUGAGACCCUCUCCUGGGAUGUCCGCACAAAGCACGUCACAUAUGACAGCAUACCGACCCUCGAUCAUGUGAGAGGCCUCGCCGUCUACGGGCCCGGCGCCACCUUGUUUACCCUCGGUGCCAACAACACGGUGCAGCAAUUCGAUCUUAACACCCCUUCCAUGAUGGUGGCGAACGUGCAGCACCCUGCCAACCUAUUGCCACCGUCUCCUCCAGUGUCUAUCGAAGAACAAUCCGAGCAAGGUAUCGUUGUCAUUGCCGCCGACUCCGACUCUGUGUCCGUCCCAAUCAACUCUGAGGUGUCCGAGAGCGAUGAUGACCACAUGUCGCCAUUGGCCAGGAUUGCUCGGGGCUCAGGCUCGUCGGUUGGAGAUUCAGUCGAUCAAGAUAGGUACUUGACGGCAAGCCCUGCGUCUACAAGAUCAUCGACCGUGUCGAGAUCUACUGCCGACUCGGGCACACAUGGACGCUACCAACCUUCAGUCAUCUCACGUGGCAUGACUGAGAACACUUACAUAUCUGCUGGGUCUUCCCUGCGGUCGUCUGCGUUGCCGCCUUAUGGUGACAAGGAUGCAUACUCAAUCAGCAGCGUCAGCUCUGCGUCAAUAACCUCUUCCUCGCGGGCUUCACGACGCCGUCCUUCCCGGCUAAGGAAUGAAGUUCCGCGGAGCCCAGAGGACAACAAGGUCCAAGACUUGUUCAAAUUCACCCGAAGCCGUCUGCAUGAUAUACCCUAUAAGCGAGUACCCCUGGUCGAUCAGACCCGUCUGACCAACGAUGACCUACGACGGCAGAUGCUCAGCAUUAUCUUCGGGUGGAACAAGGAAAUUGGGGACCUCGUACGGGAUGAGAUGUCGCGCCAUCCCACUGGUUCUCCCAGUCGUAUUCUCUUGGCAAAGUGGCUGGGGGAUAUUGAGUCGGAUGUCAUGGAAGCUUCGUCGGAGAAUAUGACAUCGUCAGACUGGAUGUUGCUGGCUUUGAGCGGGAUCGGCGGUCAGGCUUCUCAGCACAAGCUUGGGCGGGCUUAUGUGCAACGCCUUUUGGAGAGCGGCGAUGUACACCAUGCAGCGACCAUCAUGAUUGGCAUGGGAGACCACAAUGAUGCCAUCGAGAUCUACGUCUCGCACAAACGAUACAUGGAAGCCUUGAUCUUGCUUUGUCUGUUCUUCCCCUCAGUGUGGGAACGUCAACGCCAAGUCAUUAAGAAGUGGGGAGAAUUCGCCAUCCAGCACGGCCAACAGCAAUUGGCAAUUAGAUGUUUUGCCUGCACCGGAGCAGAGUCAAGUGAACCCUGGGCGUCUCCUUCGGCUGCCCAAGUUACAUUCCAGAGCCUGAAUGCAAGCAUCCCUGAGAUCUUGAGCCCGCCAUUGUCUCCGCCUGGUCUCAAUCGCGGACCUCAACGAAGCAUUGCAAAGUCUUCGGCAUUGAAACUCAUCACGUCUUUUGGCGACCAUUCUCAGAAGUCCAAAUUCUUCGCUGCUGGUGAUGAUGGGCAGACGCCGAUUGCGGCGGGUGUUACCCCUAUUGCCGAGUCAGCUGUCGGUGAUCCAACGACUGCGUUCCUCAAACCCUCAUCUCGGAGCGCGUUGAACACGCCUGCGUCGGCUAGACCAGGCGGCGGCUUUACUGGCCGGAACCGUCUGCCUUCGAUUGGUGAGGUGCGUGGUGAAAUAAUGCCGGUGGUGCAACCGGCGGAACCACGCCGGGCACCGCGAGGUCACUCGCGCAAGUCGUCUGCGGAGGAGCAGUACAAUGCGGGCUUGUUACUCGCAAGAGCGGCCACUGCAAGUCCCAUGAUGAUGAGAGAAAACCACCGCAAGAGGGACCCUCCGCCUCCGUCGCCGUCGCCGGAGUCCUUUGCUGUGCUGAUGACGCAAGGCCGCACCAGCCGCAACGGCGCUCGGGAUCGUGUGCCGGACGGUAUCGACCUGAAGCUUCGUUCCCUCGAUGCCCAAAUGGCGUCUGCUGAUAUUACGUCGCCUGAGCAGUCUGUCACGUCGGCUGCUCGCUUUCACUGGCCCAAACGCCGCGGACCGGGCUCCAUCGCCAGUUCCGUCACGGCCAGUUCCGUCACGUCCACUUCGAGCGUAGGAGGACGCAGCCAACGAAGCCACACGGCCGGUAGGACGCUCGACGAUUAUAUACACAGCCUAGACUCGGCCCAAAACUAUGCCAAGAAGGGCCGAAGUCGCGAGAGGAGCCGUCAUCGUACAGACAAGCAUCACACUCGCAGCCGCGACAAUAGCCGGUCGCAUAAGGACAACAUCAGCGAGACUGCUUCCGACAGGGGUCGCUCGGUUGCGAGGCAGUGGACACCCAAACCGGCGAAGCGUUCCCCAACUUCACCAGUGCCCAUGUCCCCCGAAGAUCUCAUCAAUCUAAGCACUCCCAAGGUUGCCGACAUCAAACUGAGCGACGACUCUGUUGUACCCAUGCAUCUCGACAUGGUGGAGCCCUCGACGAUUCGUAAAGCCAGCCAGAUCAGACACGCUUCGCAGAUAUCCAGCCGUGCAUCCAGCCGCAACCGCCGCGAGGGAAGACCCGUCUUGGAAAUCCGCACCAGAAGCAAGAGCCGAGGUCGAUCUCCUUCGUCGCCGGUGCCCAUGUCGGCUACCCGUCACUUCUACGGGUCCGAUGAUGAUGAGGACCUCAAGGCCGCUUUGGAGGCUCAGGAGUCUUUCAGGGUGCGCCACAACAAGAGCCGUGGUCUCAGGGAGCCUGCGUCUCCUGCUGUCGCCAAGAAGCGCCGCGACCGAUCCGAGAGUCGACACAGACAGAACAAGGCCCCAGGGGAGCUAGAACUUGAUCCCGAAGCUCCUGUGCGGCAAAUGUCUCAGACACCGUCGGAGCCCGCACGCGCUGGGGACUUGAAGCAGAUUCUGACCGACAGACAACUGAAGAAGGAACAGGCUGCUCGUGAGCUUGAGGAACGUCGCAAGUCUCUGGCCCGCCGCCCAUCAGCUCCGUCCAUUCCGCAUCCUGAUGUCCUGUCUCCCAUAAGCUCUCGUCCCCCCACAGCCUUCGAGCUUCCCAAGACAACGUUUGUACCUGCCCAGGAGCCUCCGCAGCGAAGCCAGACUGCCGACUUCACCAAGACCUCGUCGUAUAUGCGAAGCGGCAACAAGCCAGUCAUAGGCCUUCCAGCAACCCCCAAGGCCAUGAGGCUUCAAUUCGACACAGACCUCACCAGGGGCCAGCCUGCAGUCCCACAUAUCCCUUCAGCGUAUACCAAGCGGUCGCCGUCGUCGUCUGGCCCUGCAUCACCCAACAAGCCUGCUGAUAGAUCGCCGGUGAAGGAGCAAGAACAGGAGGUUCCAAGCUUACUAACCCUGCUUCCGGCGACUGUCUACUCACCACCUUCUCGUCCACCUCCUCGGUGCAUGUCUGCGCCCCCCGAGGAGCCUCGGGUGCCAACGAAUCUCGGUAGCCACCCAGGUUUUCAGACUGCCAACACCCCUACGCGGAGAGGUUCCGUUUCGAGGAAGCUGAGCAGUCCUGAGGCCCACACCCAGGGCUCGCUGAUCAUUGAUGGUGGGAGACACUCGAGAAGAGCAUCGAGGGACCACCAGAUCCCACCGCCACCUCCUCCGCCUCCCCCGCCGGUCCUGAGGGAACUACAGCACCUGGCUAGUCCGCCGCCGCCGCCCCCUGCACCUUUUCCUGGCGUGAGAUCAAACGUCGCUGGCGGUCAGGGUACCAUAGAGAUCGUCAUGGACGAAGACGACAACUACUACCCUACCGCUGCUCCACUGGUCGAUUCCACCGUGCCAAUCAUUGCCGCUCCAAACCCUCCUGGCUCACGUAGUAGCCAUGCCCGAGGUCGCAGCGUCACGGAGAAGAAUGAGAAGGAUAACAGCAUCGCUGGUCGAAUGAGUCGAGCCGCCGAGCGCAUGCGAUCUGGCAGCCGCGGUCGCAACAGCUCAGUUCUUGGAUCUCGAACCAAAUCCCCCGAAACCACAUCGCCUUACGAGAGCGUGCUGUCACCAGUCAGCUACAACGGACCUCCGGUUUCCAUGAACAACGGCCAGCAGCAAACGGAGCGACACCCUCGUGAAGUCCGCGCAGCAUACCAGCAACAGCAACAGCAGGGCUAUGGAACUGGCCUAAUCAAGAGCGAGAUGAUUUGA